ACUCUCCAGCACUGCAGCGCUCUGCCUCCGGCUCCCAGCUCGGCUCGGCUCGGCUCUGCCAUGCAGACCAUGCUGCUCAGCAUCCUGGGGCUGGCCCUGCUCGGGACACUGCACGCCCAGGACAGCAUUCCUGUCCAGGCUGACUUCCAGCAGGACAAGCUCACAGGGAGAUGGUACAGCAUCGGCCUGGCCUCCAACUCUAACUGGUUCAAAGAGAAGAGGAACCUGAUGAAGAUGUGCACAACCAUCAUCUCCACCACAGCAGAGGGGAAUCUGGAAGUUACCUCCACCUACCCAAAGGGUGACCAGUGCGUGACGAGGAACAGUCUUUACACCAAGACAGAGCAGCCGGGGCGCUUCAGCUACACCAGCCCACGUGAGUGCUCAGUUUCCAUGGGGCAGCCCCGGACGUGCUCCCAGCCCUGCUGUCCCUGCUUCUGCCUUGUGGCUGAUUUGGAGCUCAGGGCUGAGCUGUGCCCCAUGUUCCCCACAGGCUGGGGCAGCAAGCACAACAUCCAUGUGGUGGAGACCAACUACGAUGAGUACGCCUUGGUGGCCACCCAGAUCUCCAAGAGCACUGGUCCCUCCACCAUGGUGCUGCUCUACAGCCGGACAAAGGAGCUGAGUCCCGAACGCCUGGAGAUGUUCACCCAGUUCUCCAGGGGGCAGGGCCUGACCGACGAGGAGAUCCUCAUCCUGCCCCAGACGGACAAAUGCAUGGCAGAUGCUGCUUAGGCACAGCCACCAGCUGCUGCCAGCCCGAGCCCCAACAGCAACGCAAGCUGGUGACCACCCUGCCCCAUGUGACCCCCAGUGGCCCCCCAGAACCACAGCAGCCUUCGCUCCCUGUCUUCACAAUCCACACCUGUAUCCCUGUCUCCAUUAAAGCCCAUAAAAAAACA